AUGACAAUCAAACCAAUGUCCGAAGAAGACACCACCGCGCACAAGCGCACCGCGUCCUCAACCUCGGCCGUCGCGCCCGGCAACUCACCACCCCCCAAACGCCCCGCGCCCCUCCCCGUCCGCCGCGACUUCCCCCACGCGGUGGCCCUCGUCCUGUACAGGGACGGCUCCGACGAGACGUCCUCGACGUCGGUGCUGGGCGUCUACGCCGCGCUCGCGGACGCCAACGAGGAGGCCCGCCGGCUGGCGCAGGAGCAGGGCGACGCCGCCGUCGUCCACGAGUCCGCCGCCACGGAGCCCGUGAGGUGGGAGGCGCCCGACGGCGCCUCGUGCUGGGUCGAGAUGCACGCCGUCACGCCCAAGAAGAUCGUGCCGAGGAACGUAUCUUCCGAGCAGCCGCCGAAGAAGCUGUAUGACGCGGAGGAAGGGGAGGAUCCUGAUAUCGACGAUGAUGAUCACGACGAGGGCGCCAACUACGACUGA